GCACCACGAGCAUUACCCCCCCCACACACACUGCUCCACCAUCACCAACUACGACUCCUACUCCUCUCUCCCGACAGAGACAGAGAGAGAUCGAGAGAGGAGCACAACCCGGGACGAAGUCCUUCCCCACAACCUCAAACCACCCCCUCCCCCGCCACAUCUGGCGUGCGGUCGCCACAUCGUCACAAUGGGUGACGCGGAGCCCACUCCAUUGCCAACCGCGGGGGUCGCCACCGCCACCUCCAUCGCCUCCUUCGGCAGCUCCGGCAGCUCCGGCUCGGGCGGGGCAGGAUCGUCGGCGCCGCUGCACGUCAACGUGGGGGGUCUCCGGGAGCGCCUGGCACGCGGGAGCGCCCGCCGGUUCCCGCACUCGCGCCUGGGCAAGCUGGCACGCUGCGAGAGCCACGAGCAGGCGCUGCGCCUCUGCGACGACUACUGCGACGCCGCCGGCGAGUUCUACUUCGACCGCAACCCGGCGGCAUUCCGCGGCGUCCUCAACCUGUACCGCACGGGACGCCUGCACCUCAUCGAGGAGCUGUGCGUCUUCUCCUUCAGCCAGGAGCUCGAGUACUGGGGCGUGCAGGACUACUACAUGGGCUCCUGCUGCAGCUACAAGUACCACGAGCGCAAGGAGAACUGCGGGGACAGCGGGGAGUUCGACGAAGAUGACGACGACGAGGAGGGAUUCACUCACGAUGACGAUGACGACGGCGGCGGAAGUGGCGGCAGCGAUGACGGCGGUGGCGGUGGUGGCGCCGGGGGGGAGAGGGCCCCACCCAAGGGCUCCCCCGAGGAGGAGAUGGCAUCCGUGGAGAGGGACAUGGAGGAGUUCACGCGCAAGUGCUGCGGCCAGCGGAGGCGCCUGCUGUGGCUGACCCUGGAGAACCCGGACUUCUCAGCCUUCGCUCGCGUCAUCGCCGCCGUCUCCGUGCUUGCCGUGCUCACGUCCGUCGCGGCCAUGUGCGUCAACAGCAUGCCCGAGUUCCAGGCGGCCGCGCGCCGGCGCGGCGCCGUCAGCGCCGGUGGCGCCACGGCGGCCGAGGAGCCCGAGGAGGAGAGGGGCGCGCUGGCGCAGGUGGAGCGCGUGUGCAUCGCGUGGUUCACCGCCGAGCUGGUGCUGCGGAUGGCGGCGGCGCCGCGGCUCGACCGCUUUGUGCGCGAGCCCCUGAACGUCAUCGACGCCGUCUCCGUGUUGCCCUACUACGCCACCGAGGCGGUGCGCGCGCUGCUCUCGAGCGGCGUGCGCGUGCGCGACGUGGGGCGAGUCACGCAGUCGCUCAGGCUGUUGCGCGUCUUCCGCAUCCUCAAGCUGGCGCGCCACUCGGCGGGCCUGCGCUCGCUGGGCGAGACACUGGCGCACAGCCACAGCGACAUCGGCGUGCUGCUCCUCUUCCUCGUCACGGGCAUCCUCAUCUUCGCCUCGCUCGCCUACUACCUGGAGCGCGACGACGGCGAGAACAUGGGCACCAUCCCCCUCUGCUACUGGUGGGCGACCAUCAGCAUGACCACGGUGGGCUACGGCGACGCGGUGCCCACGACGCCCGCCGGCAAGGCGGUGAGCGUCUGCUGUGUCCUCUGCGGCAUCCUCAUCAUGUCCAUGCCCGUCACCAUCAUCUUCAACAAGUUCAUCAAGUACUACCGGCGACAGAAGGCGCGCGAGGUCACCCUGCGCCGGCGGCUGGCCCGGGACGCUCUGCCGAGGGAACUCUUUGAGUCGCACCGCGACGACGACGACGACGAUGACCUUGACCGCGACCUCAGCGACGGCAGGACGGGGAAGGUCCACAGGGUGGUCGUGGGGCUGGUCUCCGCAUCUGCGCUCGGGGUGGGCCUCGGAGUCGGCGCCGACCCGGGCCUCUGCGUGGGGCCACGCGGAUCCUUCGCCUCGGGCUCGCGGGGCCGCGGGGGGCGCAGGCGGCCGUGCCUCGCGUGGGCAGCGCUGGCCGAGCGCCUCCUGCCAUCGUCAUCCGGCACCGGCGGCGGGGGGAGGCGGCGGAGUGGCGGGACGCCCGGGGACGCCCGGGGGACGCCCGCGUCCCCGGCUCACGGCCGCGGGGACCUCGAGCUGAGGCCGUUGGGGGACGCCGUGGGCCUCGCGCAGGCACGGGACAUCGGGCCGGGCCGGAAGGUCUACCAGCCGGUGGAGUGAGAGGGCCGUGGGCCGCAGGUCGUGAAUGAGCCCAACGUCUGUGGGAGGCUGCUGCGCUCCCUCCCUACUGCCACCACCGCCACCACCACCACCGCCACCACUACCGCCACCACCACCUACACCGCCAACCACCACCACCCACAAGCACCCACCACCACCCUGCCGAAUUACAGCUACAGCACUCACCUGGCUCAGACACCCCCUUAAGCUCCGGAAUGCCAACAAACCUUCAUGCCAAGCUGCCGCUGCUGCCACUAUCGCUCGUCGGUGGUGGAGCCUCCACCCCAACCUCGACUACCAUAGCCUCAGUAGCUUCGCCAACUUGGUGUCAGAGUCAACCCGUGGAAAAUGACGACGAUGAUGAUGAUGGCAGUGGUGUUUGAUGCAAGGGUUGUGUUUGACCUGCAUCAUUCACCAUGCCGGCUCCAUGGACAGGAGGGGCCCGAGGGGGGCCACAACGAGGAGUUUUGACGUCGUCGUUUACGCCGUUGCCGUUCAACCGUGGCCGGGAAACCACCCGCAGGUCUCUCCCAUCCGUGGGCGCAGAUGCACCGACCGAUGCGCUGCCACUCCUGCGGGGAACACGGCAGGGCCGAAGCACAGCAUGACCGGUCGUCGUCGUUGUCAUGCUCGUCAGCCAUUUUCAACCUCUGACACUCACCCCCGCACUACCGAUUAGCACAUUCAGCUACAUGCCGUGCGACAGAAGUUCAACAUGCACACAUAUGUAUGUCAGUGCAGAUAUUGGCAGGUCGCAAAAAAUGUAGGGGGUCCACGCGGCACGCAAGACUAACCGAUGGGAUUACUCGAUCCAGGGAUCGCUUUGGCAAUGAAAUCGAUGCGGUGAUUAAGCCCUCGAUUACCCUUCAAAUCGGGGACUCGAGACCGUAACAUGGAUGGGGCAAAAACGCGCCCGUCCAAGGAUGUGAUGCCAAGCACUAUUCCCUUCCAUUUAUCUCGCUGACCGCAGAUGCCGUCUGCUUCUGUCGCGUUACAGGCUUGGUUGAGAGUAACCCAAACGCUCGACAUUCUCUCUGCGGCCAGUUGCUGCCCCCCCCCCGCACGUGGCGAGAAAGAUGAACGGGCGCCACCAGUCGAGCGUUGAUCCUCUCAACGAUUUGUGGUGACGCAUUUCACCGCCACCAAUGCAGAUGCACACGCACAACUGCAAUUGGGUGGGGGGGGGGCAGGGGGGUAGUCGCCCUCCAACAAUGGAGGGCAGGGGAGCAAUGCUCACAAGAACGAGCAGAGCGCCGGGCAGCUAAGAUGCAGCAUGUUGCCACAGUAGGGGGUACAGCUGGUGGUGCAUCUACUGGUCAUAUCAGUCUGCCAACCCGCGACCUCCUGUUAGCGAGCCUUCGACACUUCACGUGGCCUCA